AUGUCCACUUCCCAACCUCCCCUCCGCUUCUCCUCGCACAAGCAACUCACCUCACGACUGAUUCUCGCAACACUCCUCGGUCGCGCCGUCCGCAUCGAUCAAAUCCGGCCCAACUCGCCCACAAAUCCAGGUCUUGCACCUCAUGAAAUCUCCUUCCUCCGCCUCCUCGAAGCUGUUACCAAUGGCUCUCACAUUGAGGUCUCUUACACGGGAACCGUCUUGCUCUACAAGCCCGGACUGAUUACGGGUUCAGCCCCCGGUAGUGGCGCCGAGGCCGUCUCGGGUGUGCUUAGGCAUGAAAUUCCUGCCAACAAUAGCAGAGGGCUCUCCUACUUCCUAUUACCCAUGUGUCUACUCGCACCAUUCAGUAAAGCAAAGUUCAACAUUAUCUUCACGGGCCCAGGUGUGAUCACGAGUUCUACGCCAGAGACAUGGGGAGACAUGUCCGUGGAUAGCGUCCGCACGGCUAUUUUACCUCUGUACACGAAGUUCGGCAUCGAGAGAGAUAUUGAGCUACGAAUAUUGAAAAGAUCGAAUCCCGGAGCAAGGGGCAUGGGCGGAGCGGGAGAGGUGCAGUUGGUGUUCGGUCACCAGCUGCGACUGCCUAAGACGAUCCACCUGAUGAGUCCUGGACGGGUCAAGAAAAUUCGUGGUGUGGCGUACUCGACAGGUGUGAGCGGACAGAAUAACGCCAGAAUGAUUGAGGCUGCGAGGGGCAUAUUGAACAAAUUCGUAGGCGACAUUUAUGUCUUCUCCGACGUCUCGAGCGCGAGUCUGGUGCCCGCGCCAACAAAAGACAACCCGAACGCGAAGAAGAAGGUCGGUCUUGGGUUUGGACUUUCACUAGUAGCCGAGACACCGACUGGGUGCCUCUAUUCAGCCGACUCGGCAAGCCCUCCAGAAGGAGGCAGACCACCCGAGGAUGUGGGACGAAUGUGCGCAUUUCAGUUACUCGAGAGUAUCGAAACGGGUGGAUGUGUCAGUCUCGAAGCUGUCGAAACAGUUGUCACUCUGAUGUCCAUGGGUUCUGAGGAUGUUGGAAGAGUACAACUCGGAAAAGAUGUCCUCGCCAAUGAGCGCACGAUUCAGCUCGCAAGGGAUCUCAGCUCCUUUGGAGCCGCAGGAUGGGGUGUAAGAGAUGUCAACGCCGAGAAAGGUGAGGGCCAUUUUCUGGUCAGCAUCGUGGGCAGAGGAGUUGGUAACGUUGGCCGGAAGAUCGGAUGA